AUGGGUUUCACGCAAAGGUUACUGAUGAUAUUGGUCGGUACCAUAUUGAUUGUAACGGAUAGAGGCACGGGUACAUGGCAGCAUAACUAUGGAGAUGCAUUGUCAAAGAGCAUCUUGUUCUUUGAAGGACAGAGGUCAGGGAAGUUGCCACCAACACAGAGAAUGACUUGGAGGAAGGAUUCAGCGCUUCAAGAUGGCUUUCUAGUUCCUAAUACUUCUGUUGACUUGGUUGGUGGUUACUACGAUGCUGGUGACAACGUGAAAUUCAACUUUCCAAUGGCAUUCUCAACAACCAUGCUGGCCUGGAGCGUAAUAGAGUUCGGAAAAUUCAUGGGCCCAGACCUUAAUCAUGCACUAGACGCUAUCCGUUGGGCCACAGAUUAUUUCCUUAAAGCCACAGCCAUUCCUGGGUUUGUGUUUGCACAAGUUGGUGACCCAUAUGCUGAUCAUAAUUGUUGGGAGAGACCAGAAGACAUGGACACCCCCAGAAUAGCCUAUGCUGUAAGCAAGGAGUACCCUGGCUCUGAAGUUUCGGCAGAGAUAGCAGCAGCACUUGCAGCCUCUUCAAUUGUAUAUAGAAAAUAUCAUGUUGGUUAUUCUUCAAGACUACUCCAAAGGGCUAUAAUGGUUUUUGAUUUUGCAGAUAGAUACAGAGGAUCAUAUAAUGACAGUCUCGGACGGUGGGUAUGCCCAUUCUAUUGUGAUUUUGGUGGCUACCAGGAUGAAUUGGUCUGGGGAGCAGCAUGGUUGUUCAAGGCUACUAAGCUCCCUUAUUACUUGGAUUACAUUAACCAAAACAUUCAUAAUCUUGAAAACUUUGGUGAAUUUGGGUGGGACUCAAAAGAUGCUGGCAUCAACGUGCUCGUUUCUAAGCUUCUGAUUAAUAGUAGAUCUAAUUCUAAGCCUUUCAUACUCAAUGCGGACAAGUUUGUUUGUGCUGUUCUACCUGAAUCACCUUCAGUAUCAGUCUCCUAUUCUCCAGGUGGGCUUCUAUUCAAGCCUGGGGGGAGUAACUUGCAGCACGCAACAACAUUCUCAUUUCUGUUUCUGGUUUAUGCUGGCUAUUUGAAAAAGGCAAAUAAAGAAAUUGACUGUGGCGGUGAAGUUUUUGCUUCUCCAAGGCGACUCAGACAAGUAGCAAGAGGCCAGGUAGAUUACAUACUAGGAAGAAACCCGUUGAAUAUGUCAUACAUGGUAGGAUACGGACCAAAAUUUCCUCAGAGAAUUCAUCAUCGUGCGUCGUCAUUGCCUUCCAUGGUUCAGCACCCUAAGCACAUCGAUUGCAAAGAAGGAUCCCCUUAUUUUGAAACCCAAAAUCCAAAUCCCAACUUGCUUUUAGGAGCUGUUGUGGGGGGACCUGAUAUCAAGGAUUCAUUCGCAGAUUCUCGAGCAGAUUUUGUACACUCUGAACCUACAACAUACAUCAAUGCACCUCUUGUGGGUCUUUUAGCUUACUUCAAAUCUCAUCCAUCCUGA